AUGUCACAAGAGUUAAUGGCAUGUCGAAAUAUGGCUAAUUACUUUGGCAUGUUUAAAGAACAAGUCGCUUUCUUGGUAGAAUAUAUAAACGAUCCACCUUCCGAACCCGCACUAUUCAUUCUUAAGCCUUAUUUCCCCAAUGGCACCGUAGCACAUUAUAUGAAAACCCUGAGGAAAACAGACAAAUACCUUGCCCCAUUACAUCUUCUGCAGAUGGCCAUUGGUUUAUUCUCAAUAUUAUCGGAUGCACAUACACAAGAAGUUGGAUUGGUAGAUAUCACAGUACAUAGUUUAUACGUUAGUUUGGAUCGAGGAAUUUAUUUCGAUGGAUUUCAAUCAUGCAUACGAUUGAACAACAAGAGCACUCAUCAUCCCCGCUCAUGGAUGGAUUUAAAAUCACUCAAAUGUCCAGAGUCACAAUCCUUGACAUAUGAUAGAUAUACCAAAAGUACAGAUGUAUUUCUUGCAGCAUCCGUCUUAUUAGAACUUGUUCGAAAAUAUGAUUGUAAAUGCAAACGACUUUAUGAACGAGAUCGAUCCACGAAAACUAUCAAGGUCAUUACGAAAUAUGUAGAUGAAAGGCAUAAGGGAUUGAUCCCCAUGAUUGAAAAGUGUUUGAGUGUUCAACCUCAAGAUCGACCCAAGGCAGAAGAGUGUGUUACCGAUUUAAACCAUGACAACACCGAAUCGUCGAGUUCCAACAAUACCGAAUCGUUGAGUCCUGACAACACCGCUUCUGCUCCAUCGACCAAUGACAGCAGUCAAAAGAUGAAUUUCUGGGAAAUCCCCGAGAGGGAAGAACCCGAGACGCACAAUAAAGGUGUCAAGGCUCGUGUAUCACGUACGGUAGCGGAUACGCGUGAUUUCAAGGAAUUACUUGAUACUUUAUUUGACCGUAAACCUGCACAAACACCUCCCAUGCGUAAAAAGCCACAAGGUCAUGACACGGAUUCUGUGAUUGAACAAAAAUUAUUGGAUUUGGUCAUUCGUAACCGUCAAUUGUAUAAAGAGAAGGCACCUUUACCUCGUAGUAUGAUGGCUCCCAUCUAUGGUAAAACCGCUGAUAAACAACGAAAACAAAAGAGAGAGGAAGAAAGUGACGAUGAGGAUGAAGACGUGUUGGACUUUUUGAACCCUGAUACAAAAAAGACAACGAAUUGGGAUUUAAAGAACAUUGCACAGAAUAAACGUAUUGCGACCAAGGAACAAGAAUUAAAAGCAAUUCAUUCGAUUGUGGAUACAGAGACUUCAUUGGAUUUACUUGUGAAUGUGAUGAAACAAAUUAAUCAGGAAACGUAUCCUAGGUAUUAUCAUCGUGUGUUGACAAAGGCCAUUGAACAUGCUUCUAGAAAGGAUCCUUAUUUGGCCUUGACCAUUUUUGAAAUUGCUAAGGGUAAAAGUAUGGAGAGUUAUAUUUUGGGUUGCAAUACCAAGGUCUAUGAUGCCAUGCUAUUAUUACGUUGGGAAACUUGGAGAGAUGUACACGGUAUGUUGAAUUUGAUUGAGGAAAUGACCGUGAAUGGUAUAGAGUACAGCAAUGAUUCAAGACGUAUCGUACGUUCCGUUGUGCAAGAAAUAGAGGCUAAUGAGGAGAGUCAGGAAGUCACAAAAGAUAUUUAUUGGGAUGCUGAUGAAAAGAGAGCUUGUAACGUCAUGAAGGAAAUGGUCGGUAAAUGGAUUCUUAACAAGUAA